AUGAUACGAGCACUCCUUCAUGCAGUGCUUAUGGCUUCUAUCCUAUCGGUUGCAGUCAGCUACAAAGAUGGUGAGCUUGAGGAGUCCAACAGCACACAUCUUGAUGGCAGCGACUACUGGAUUCACGAUACCUCGUAUAUGUACCGUCCACGUUGGCAUCGAUUACCGGAAGGCAAGAUUGUACUACUCAAUGAUUCGACUUGCAGUAACUGUCCGGAGUAUCGUGCUGCAGUUGAGAACAACUCGUCAUGGAUUUCCAAAUGGAUGCUUUCCACUGAGGGUCAUCGGACACUACAUAAAGACGUACCUCGGCUUCUGUUGUACAACCUCGUAUCUCCAAUGGACUACGGACGAUCAUUGCGAUCGGACAAUGUGCGUCGUCGUCGCAACAAAGCGGUGCGCAUGUUUCUGGCGGAUAACUUGGCGCUCCCGCUCGUCAAAUCUCUCGGUCGGGUAGCUUGGAAUCUCAUUCAGACUCAUUAUAUCGACACUCUCAAAGACGAACUGUUCGUGCAGCGCUUAGCGAUGAUGAACGCGAGUGAGAUGAUACAGGAGCUCAACAUUUCGCUUUCGGAAGAAAUGAUCGAAGCGAUAGGAUCUGAGGAUAGGUACCGGCAGAAUACAACGAAGGAAUACAAUUAUAACGGAGCGAGUACGCGAGCCUCAUUGUAUGCGCGGUACUCGACAGCUUUUGCUCCGUACGAAGGUUAUUUGGACCGCUAUUACACCCGGGACGAUACUUUCUCUCCGCCCACAUUUCCUGCUGACAGCUAUCCGUGGCUUUGGUCGCCACAGCUAGACUUGGCACGGAUGAUCGCGACACAGCUGGUGCAGUCAUUUGAUAUCGACAAUGAUGGAGCCGAUGUGGUGAAUGCCACUUUAAGUGCUGGAGAACAGGUUGACUCCUGCUCGCUGAAUGGUGCUGGGAGCGGCACACGCUGUCAGAAUCUUUCGCGACAAGCCGACGUAUUUUCUUCCGAGAACAAGCUCCACGCGUCGACAUCUGCAAGCGAAAGUACUGCUAAGGAAGGGGCAAGUUCGACUUUGCACACUGACGACAAUAACGUGAGCGCAGACGAUAUAUGUGCGCUGGAUCGAAUCCACAUGCAGCUCCAGGAGUACCACUUUGACACGGGUAUCCCUCGUCUAGCGAUCCGCCCAAACGUAUCACACUCCGUCUUUCCUUCGUUUGCAAAUUUCCUUCGGGCGUCAAUCGGUUCAAACGCAGCUGCUAACGUAUCUACUCAAUCCAGGUGCAGCAGCUCCUAUGAUUUAAGCAAAGCUAAGAUGGCGCAACCGAGGUGUUCGGAGAUACAUGUACACGACGAUGGUACUGGCCUUGGCAAUGUGACGGACAUUUUGUCGAGAUGCGAAGUUUACGCUGCACUCACGCACUAUUACACGUACCCUUCUACCGAUGGUGAUGGAGACGAUAAUACAGGUGAAUGCACUAUGGAGCAAUUGUGUCGUAUGCACUCUGGAGUGACGGUAUACACGCCGUCACUAACAACGGCUAGGCUGCUUCCUAUUUUUGCUAACACAAGUGUACCCUCGACCGCGAAAAGAGACAUUCGGUUGAAACUGUUGCUGGAGACGGUUUCGGUGGCCUUUGAAGCAGAGAAACGAGCACUACAGCACGGGCUGCGAGGUCCAUCCACUGUAUGGUACUCGAGUCACGACCUUGAUGUGGACGAAUUUGCUGAUGCCGUACUGGGCGCGUUCAACCUGUCUAUCAGCACGGAUACUGGAGACAACGAAUCUGCCUCGCUGCAUGUCUUCGAGCACCACAUGAAUGAACAAGUGCCAAUCCUGGACGAGGAGAUUUCGUACUACGCAGACACGAACUACGACACAAAAACCUUCAUGAAGCUUGACCGCACUACUUCCAAGCCAGAGAAUUUGGACGAAGAGGAGUUGGUCGUGAUAGUGGCCUCGCUAGCGAAGCAAAUGAAGGAACUCGAUCAAUCGAUCGCUAUUUAUGUGAAAGCUCGAGCUGCAAACCCGUUGUACCAAGAAGUUGUACAUGCCACUAUCCGUCAAGACUUUUACAACGGGAGUGAGUACACAAUGAUCGGCUUUGGCUUCAUCUUACCAGCGACAAACGACCAGAACGUGCUGUAUUACGACAUGAAACUACCAGUUCCGUUUCACCUUGUCAUCCGUCUGAUCGUGCGCUUCCAAGAGACUCGUUUGCUGCUGCCACGAGAGUCACGGCAGCUUUUAGUGUGUCUAGCGAUGGCAAACUUUGACCUUUCAUUUUACCGCUGUCGAGCUGCUACUACGUCGUCCACCGACUAG